AUGUCUAAAGUUCUAGAAGUAGCCACUCCAAUAAGAUCUUCACCUGAUAAGUUUUAUGAUUUCUUCAAAAACCACACGAGUGAUCUCCUCACUGUAUUUCCUGCAAGUUUCCAAAGUGUUCAAGUUCUGGAAGGAGAGGACGGUAAAAUUGGUUGUGUCAAGGUUUGGAAUUUUAUUGCUGGAGGGAUUUCACAGAUGCUUAAACUGAGGACUGAAGCAAUAAAUGAUGCAGAAAGAACCAUAACUUACAAAGCCAUAGAAGGAGAUCUUAUGAUCCUCUACAAAGUUUUUCAGUUCACAAUUGCUCCUGGUAAUGGGGUUGCCAAAUGGGCUAUCGAGUAUGAGAAAACUACUGAAUUAGUUCCGCCACCAGAAAUCUAUGGCGUCUUCUCAAUUAGUAUAACUGAAGUGGUGGACCUUUAUCUUCUCACCCAUUAA